UCGCGGACGGCGGAUUUGCGCUGCUGCCCUUGACAGUUCUGCAUAAUAGACUCCAUUGAUCAUCAUAUUUUUAUUUACUUAUCAGUGUUAAAGAAAAUCAUGAUUGCCCUGUGUGUACUUGAUUUGAUCUUGAGUAAAUCGUGGUAAAUCAGCACAUGUUCGUUUGAUAUCGUAUAGUUGUUGGUCUAGGAAACUAUGAACUACCUGGGGAAAGUCAUAAAUAAUUUCAGAUAUGUUUACAAUGAAAUAAAUGCAGCUACACUGACUGGUGCCAUUGACGUUAUCGUUGUUGAACAGCCUGAUGGAACUUUCACAUGUUCACCAUUCCACGUUCGGUUUGGCAAAAUUGGUGUCUUACGUAGCCGUGAAAAAAUAGUUGAAGUGGAGAUUAAUGGAGAACCAGUGGAUAUUCAUAUGAAAUUGGGAGAGUCUGGUGAAGCAUUUUUCGUUGAAGGAACAUCUAGUGAUGAAAAUGUUCCUCCCCAUUUAGCUACUUCACCAAUUCCUGACACAUCUGGAUUCUCUCCAAGUUUUGAUGACUCCGGGACCAGUGAAUGGAAAGGGAUUCCUAACAAAUUGGGAGACCUCAAAAAUAGUGACAAUAAUGACUCAGCUCCUGUUGUAAUUGUAGCGGGCAGUGUUCCCAAAACAUUCUGCGCUGAGACUGUUGACGACCCAGGUGAAAAUGAGAAAAUCCGUAAGAUCAGCAUUGCAGCAGGCGAGUUCCGACCCAUUGAUUCGGAGCCUUUCUUGUCAGAAAUGAGCGAAUCCUUGCGUUUGAAACAGAGCCUGAGCGGUCUUGAUCUUUCAAAUGAUGUAAUCCAGACAUACCAUGAAGAGGCUGUGAGGACAUCCUCUUCUCUUCCUGUUAGCCGAAAGAAGCGGAGAAAAAAGUCUGUCAUGAAGAAGAAAGCAUCAUACAGUGUUGACCAAAAAAAUGAUAGUUCUAGCAGCAGUAAUGAGCAUCAAGGAGAGUCGGAAGGAAGGCCUGAUACAAAGCCAGAAGAAAGUUACACAGAGAAUAUUGAUAGCUCUAUUUUCCAGAUGGAGGAUCUUGAUUUUAACAAGCCAAAGACUAGUAUGGAUGAGGUGCCAGAUUUAAACGACACCAAGAGUGAGUUAUCCCGAGUCUGUGAUGCACCAAUAGAAAGUGAUAUUCAUUUCUUCAGUGAUACUGAAAUUACGCCUGGAUGCAGUCCUCCAGUCAGCAGAGAAUUUGCACCAAUUAAAUCUGACUCUGAAUUUGAGAUCCAGCGAACGGCAAGUGUUGGCUCAAAGAAUGAACUAACCAAGAGCAGUCUCGGGGCUAAGGAGCCGCAGCAAAGUUGGAAGUGGGGAGAGCUGCCUUCUCCACCGUUGGUCAAGGAGGUCUCACCAAAAGAAGCCAACAAUGAAGAAGAAGCCAAAAAGCAACAAGAAGCUGCUGCUCACCGUUCCAUGUUGCAAAAUAUGCUUGGGUUUAUGAAGAAAACCAAACACAUGAGACAGUCAGAGGGAAUAUAUCUUUCCGAAUUAAAUCCAGAUGAAUUGGACCCAGAAAUUGCUGCACUGUAUUUUCCGUCUACGUAUAAGAAUCAUAAUCUCAACUCGUCAGGAGCAGAUUCACAUCAUUACAUACCUGACCAUGAUGAGGAUGCUGAAUCAGGAAAUGGGUCAUCCCUCCCUCACUCUCCCCACAGUGUCCUCGGCUCUCCAACUGGGCAGUCAACGAUGUUCCAUCCUCCAGAAGACGUUCAUCUUUCACUCUGCGGAGGACUUGGAACGGUGGAAGGGCCAACUGAAGAAGCAUUCCUUUCCCAUCUCGUUGAUUUCAACCAAUUAGCAAAUGAUCCCAGUCUUUUAGAAAAUUCUAAUCUAGUCGUUAAAAUUGGUGGCAAACUGUACAAUUGGCGCACUGCAGCCCCUAUCAUUGUAUCCAUGGUCACUUUUCACAAAUUUUUACCUCCUGAAACAGUUGAGCGGUUAUGUCGCGACUGGAUGCCCAAAAGCAACAAAAAGCCAGCUAGUAGUAACAGAAGCUAUUCGUCAUGGUUCAUGUGGUCUCGUGGCUCAGACUCCAAGUCGAAUUUGGAUGCCUCGGCAAAUUCAGCUAACGCAUCUGCUAUUAUGGAUGAAGGUAAAAAUCUCGAAGACAAGUCUAAAGAUAUCUCAACAGAAAGGAGUUCAGACAAAGUGGACGGUGAAAGUAGUCUUGUUCCUGAUAAAGCUUCAGUACCUGAUAAAAGUGCAGCAGCAACAGAGGCUGACAAUGAAGAGACAGGGAAAUCUGCGGAGACUGUCAGAGAAAGUGAGAAGGAAGAAUUAAAGAAAGUCGAUUUCGAAGAAAAGACUGUCAGUGACCAGGUGGUUCCUGAGGGGAUUAGCAAUCCAGCAGAAUCCCCAAAACCCACCGAAGUUAAAACUAGUGAUAGUGUACAAAUACCUUUAUCUAAUGUCAGGAGGAAAUCUGACAGUCUCAGGCUAAGUGAAUCCCAUUCUUCUGACUCUGAUACUGAAACAAAUACAGCUAGUUCUUCCGACAAAUUCCGAAAAACCCUUAGACUUUCUUCGGAGCAAAUAGCAAAAUUAAAACUCUUGCAAGGAUCAAAUGAAGUUGUUUUUAGUGUCACGACUGCAUACCAGGGAACAUCACGUUGCAAGUGUUUCCUAUUUCUUUGGCGCUACGAUGACAAAAUAGUCAUAUCUGAUAUUGAUGGCACCAUCACCAAGUCUGAUGUCCUAGGGCAUAUAUUACCCAUUGUAGGAAAAGAUUGGGCCCAAAGUGGGGUAGCAAAACUGUUUACAAAGAUCAAGAAUAACGGCUAUAAACUUUUGUACCUAUCAGCUCGAGCUAUUGGGCAAUCACGGGUAACUAGAGAUUAUUUGAAGUCAAUCAAGCAAGAAGAUUUGUCUUUGCCAGAAGGACCAAUGCUUCUCAACCCUACUAGUCUCCUCAAUGCUUUUCAUACUGAAGUCAUAGAAAAGAAACCAGAAGAAUUCAAGAUCCAAUGUCUGCGGGAUAUUCUUGCUUUAUUUCCCCCCAACUCGAAACCAUUUUAUGCUGGCUAUGGCAAUAAAAUAAAUGAUGUAUGGGCGUAUCAAGCUGUUGGCAUUCCCAUCUUCAGAAUAUUCACAAUUAAUCAUAGGGGAGAGUUAAAGCAUGAGUUGACUCAAACUUUUCAAUCCUCGUAUUCAAGUAUGACUUUCAUAGUGGAUCAAAUGUUUCCCUCCCCUCCGGAAGAGUCAACAAUGGAAGACUUCUCGCAAUUCUCAUACUGGAGAGACCCAAUUCCAGCCAUAGAUCUUAAAAUUGAAAAAGAUCCGUGAAGUUGCUUUUGUGAUUAGAAAUUGGUGCUUUCACUGAUCUUUAUUUUGAUUAAUCAAGUGAAUAAUGUAGUUGAGCCAAUUGUGAUGGCGUAGAAAAAUUCAGAACCUUCCUCUCACCUGUUUUGUCUUGAGUCCGGCAUAACGUGCUCAAUGCACUUUUUGUAGCAUAGCUAAUUUUUCCAUCAUGCUUCACCCUCUUAUCUCAGAACUUUACUCAGAUAGAAAUAGACGUGUCAAGAAAAGCCACAAGUACUGGAGAGAAAAAUGAGGCCAAAAAAUUAGUGAUGAUUUUAGUGUUGUCUCCUGUAGAGUCAUGUAGGAGCAUUUUAGUCGGCCAAUUUAAUAUUCAUGAGUUGAAAGUAAUAGUGAUUCAGAAAAAUCAGCAGAAUUAUAGAAAAAGAAUCAAUUUGCUUCACGGCCCUCUGAUGUAAUCUGAAAUUCAGCUUAUUUACAAUUGGAUGACCGAUACGUGACCUUGACGGUAGACGGGACCAUCAACACCACCACUUUGAUGUCAUCACUCUCUUGUGAUGCUGAAACAAAAUAGUCCUCAUGUGUUCUGCACACAGCCUACUUGAAGGUGUUCGGUAUCAGUUGUCAACCAUGUAUUAUUUUCUGUUUAGUUUAAAUUAUUCCAUAAUUUUGUUUUGUUUUGUUUUGGUGAUGAACCUUACUGAGCUCCAUUUAAGAGCUUUUGCAUCAUAAAUAAUUCAAGUCCAUUUAACAGAGACUUUACUCGUUAUUUUGGCUUUAUUUGAAAUUAUGAUGCUGACAAGCCAAUCCUUACUAUUUGAUUUGACUGUAGCAUUCCAAGUUUAGUUCUACCUCCAAUUGACUUUAAUCCAGUGGUCGGGGUUCUAAGCUUUUUCAAUGGAACAGAAGUCCAAUGGAAACCCCAUCUUGCUCUGUUUAUCAGGUCACCUUCUUUUUAACUCUUUCAUUAGAUAAAAUUUAGUCAAGCUUUACCUCAUCCAACUAUCCUUUGCUCAGAGAGGAGGUUUUAUACUUGUUAAAAAGUGCUUUUAACUGAUUUCUUGCAAAUGGCGGAUCGUUAUAAAGACUGUUACUUUUUUUAAAAAACUUAAUGCGAGUGGUUAAUGAUGCCUCAUAACAUGAUAAAAUUUUUGACUAUACAGCUCAGAUGUCUGAAGAGGUUUUAUACUAUUUUCUACCUUUGGUGCCAUAUUUUGCAAGUCUUAAAGACACAUGGUGCCUCCAGACUGACAAGAGCUUGUGCAAAGUUGUAGUAGAUGAAAUCAUUUUUGGGCAUCAGUGAGAAAAUGGGAUACAUCUUCAUGUACAGCUUCAAAGAAACAGGUUUCUGUUGCAGAAAAACUUAUGUUAAGUUAUGCUGAUUUUCUUGAAAGCCAGUGUAGAUGGAUCCCAUCAGCUCUAAGAUGACCGUUUUUGUAAGUAGCUCUAGUGUUUCUAGGUUGCCCUAAGUCAUAUCAAUGUAUUGAUUUUCCCUCAGAAUUUUUGCAAUUUUACUUUAGUUCUUCUCUUUUUUUUUUUUUUUUUUUUUUUUUUUUGUUAAGGCAUUUACUUUUGGAAUUUUUGUUUCUAAUACAUAACCUAAUGCUCAUUUGUUGUUUUUACCUCAGAUAGAUAAGAUAUUGUGGCUUACAGCCGUCAUUAAUGAAUUAAUGAUUGAAUUUAUUAUGAAUCAAAACUUCAAUGAAUAAAAGAGUUAUCCAUUGUUUAUUAUGGUAAAAUGUUCUGAAUCAAAGCUUUAAGAAAGAAACUGAACCAUCUUAUUUUUUAAGGGAAAGCCCAUUCAAUCUGUGUGCAUUUUUUCAAUAUUUUUGUGAAAUUUCACGAUUUUCUGUUGUCAGAGUCAUAGGUACAACACUCAUCAUUCUCCACCGGGUCAGGUUAUAAGUACAUCAAUGAAGCUUUUGAAUUUUUCGCUCGUUUCUCAAAAGUUUGCUGUUUUUCCUCUGUGUCAGUGAUCUAUUUUUCAAAAUAUAAUUAUGAACAGCUGUAACACAUUGACGCGCCCAGAAAAAUCCUGUGUUAAGGAAUAAUUAUUGAGGUCUAGCAUUUGUUACUUGUCAAGGCUCUUGUAGGACAACUUUUUUAAGAACCUCAAAACUUUUAAAAUAAUCUGAUUUUAACUAUUGUAUAUAAUGAAAGUUAAGGGAGUUUUAACUCUCUUAAUAAAAAAUAAAUUGAAAUUUCAGUCCAAUGUUCAGCCAAGCCCGAUGUUGGUUUUUGCAAACACAUUGAAUUUUAAGUAACUUUUCAACUCUGGUGCCAUGUAGUAUGACUUUAUAAUGCUGAAAUAUAGGGAGCACCAAAUACAGUCGUAAAAAUCAGUUUGUGGACCACAAACUUCUAAUGUUGUGACAAAUGACUCAAAAGGGAGAAUCGCAAUGUUUAAUUAGAUCUGAUGUACAAGAUAUAAAAUUUGGAGAGGCUUUGACGGUAACUUCAUGCACAUUUUUAAACACACCUAGCAGUGUUUAAUGAUAUUUUUUAAAUUACACCUAAGAUUGUUACUCCGAAUGUAUUUAAACAAAUGUAUAGAUUGGUUUAUCAUUGUUUUAAAUUUUGUGUUGUUAAUUUAGUUUGAGAAAAAAAGAAUUAAACUUUUUAAAAAGAAA